AUGUCUGUACCAACGGGCGCUGCAGGCUAUAAUCAGCUACGGCAACUGGCGCGGAACCUGGAGACACAUACCCAGACGGCCUUCCACACUUAUUCGCAGUUCGCCGCCGGGGCCGACAUCCCGCUUAAGCCUUCAGAUGAUGAGCGCGCAACAGAGAUACAGAUCCAGGAGCUUCUGGAGAAGCGAGCUACCGUAAUCUCACAACUCACCCGGCUGCUCGACUCGGACCAGGCCCUCUCAUCCUCCGCACUUAAGCAGCAGAACGUCACCUUACUCCGCGACAAGCUAUCCGAUCACAAGCGGGACCUCCUCCGCCUGCGCACGAAGCUGGAGGACGCCCGCAACCGCUCCAACCUCCUCUCCAGCGUCCGGUCCGACAUCGAUGCGUACCGCGCGAGCAACCCGGAGGCCGCCGAGGCGGACUACAUGGCAGACGAGGGCAGGCGCAUCGACAACAGCCACGGCGUUGUGGACGGGGUCCUGAGCCAGGCGUACGCCAUCAACGACAGCUUCCUCUCGCAGCGGGAGACUAUCGCGAGCAUCAACCGGCGGAUCAACCUGGCCGCGGCCAAGGUGCCUGGGAUCAACACGCUGAUCGGCAGGAUAUCUGCGAAGAAGAGGCGGGAUGGAAUCAUCAUGGGCUGUUUCAUCGCGUUCUGCUUCAUUCUAUUCUGGUUCCUAUCGUAG